AUGUUACAUCAUGUCACACAACUUCAUGAACCAUUAUCAGCACCAGUACUCACCACAGCAACAACAGCAACAACAAAUAAGCAACAAUAUGAUCAAGAAUCACAAUCGAUGCAAUCUAUAAAUACAUCAUCAUCAUCACAAAAUCGAAAAAAUGAAAAGAAUCUACAAAUGCAUUUGUUUGAAGAAGAAACACCACUAAAACAAUAUAAACAUCGUCUCCAAAAAAUAGUAGAAGAGGACAAGGCCUUACCACCAACAUCAGCAAUGCCAUUAUCUUCACGUCAUCGAAAAAAAAAUUUCUUUUCAAGUCUUUUGGAUCAAGAUGGUGACCCUUCAACUGCAUUUUGGUUUGGAAUGUUUUUAUUUAUCUUGAUUACAUUUAUUCUCACCGGUAUCUCGAUUAUUUUUUUUGUGAAUCAACCUGAAAAUGUUGUUGGCAAUUAUUAUAUCAAACAAGAUUGUCCACCUUCAGCAAGUUUGCCGUGUCCAAUUGGUCAAAAAUUAUGUAUCAACUAUGUUGGAUUUUGUCUAAGAUAUGUUUGUGUAUCAAAUAGUUUUCGUGGAUUUGUACGUGAAGAAUUAAUGCUAAUUGAUCUAGAAAAACUUCAGUAUCCACCCCAGAGUAUAUUGAAAGAAAACACUUGUUCCAGGUCUGUUAAUUUCAUUCGUGCUAUUAAUAAAAUGGCCAAGGCACAAGCUUAUGCUGAGAAACGUGGUGGCAAAUGUCUUGGAAAAACUGGUCAUAUAAAUGGGUUCGACAUAUAUCUCUGGUCUUGCGAAAAAGGACUCCAUCAAUGGUAUGCACCUUAUAAAAUUCAAAAGCUACCAAUGUCAUAUAUUGCUGGAAGCAGUCACUUUGUGGUUAAAUUACAUCCGCUAAACUUACCUGAAAUAUUAACCAAAAUUUUCUUGAAUUUAGCUGAAGACAAAGCAUUAUUCCCGACCUUAUUCGUUAACAGGUUGUGGUAUUUAUGCUCUGCCCCAAUAAUAUGGAGAAAGGCCGAAUUUUCUGGAGAUCUAAAAAAAUCUUGUAUGCUGUUGGGUAAAUUCAAAAAGAUAAUGCAUGGAAAUCGAAAACCUCAUGCUUCAUAUUUACUUCAACUUCAUAUCUUUAGUUGCAAGGUCUCUAGUGAUGAGCUAUAUGGAAUUGCUAGAGCCUGUCCCAAUUUACGACAUCUAAAGAUCAAAUGGUGUUGUGGUUUAUCUGAUAGAGUCAUUAGUAAGAUUGCACAAAUUUGUCCCCUAGAAUCUCUCAGCAUUUUUUAUAAUAGUAAAGGUAUAAAACGAUCUAGUAAUAUUACUAAUAUGAAGGAUACAACUUUAUGUAAAAUCACGAAUUCAUGUCCAAAUCUACAACACCUAAAACUUGGAUCUUCUAAGAUAACUGAUAUAUCAUUGAGAACAGUUGCUCAAUCAUGUAUUAAUUUGCGUUGCCUGAAAUUGGGAUAUAAUAAGCAUACUACUGAUAUAUCUAUAAUCAAGAUUGCACAAAACUGCCCACACUUAGAAUAUCUUGGUUUACAGACAAGUAAUAUUACCGAUGCAUCAUUAAAGCAGAUUGCCAAAUCGUGCCCAAAACUUCUCAUUCUAAGUUUAGUCGGAUGCCAAAAAAUAACAGAUGAGGGUAUAUGUGCAAUCUCUUCAGCUUGUCCGAAUAUGCAAUUAUAUACCUUAGAGGACUGUGAAGGGAUUACUGAUAUAUCAGUUAAAAAAUUCGCACAAUCAAAUCUAAACCUUAAAUAUCUCAAUCUUGUUUGGUGUUUCCCUAUAUCUGAUGAGUCUAUUUGUGAGAUAGCACGACUCUGCCCUAAGCUUGAAGGCCUUCAACUCGAAUCUUGUGAUAUUACUGAUACAUCUAUUUAUGCAAUAGCACAUUCGUGUCAUAAUUUGCGGGGUCUUAAUAUUGAAGAUUGUCAUUAUCUCUCUGAUGUUGCCAUUAAUACUUUAAUAAGUAGAAAUCCUAAUAUUAUUAUUCCUGGCUGGAAUCCAGCAGAUAUAAAUAAUGAGUCAGAUACAGAUAAUUUAUCAGAAUAA